ACAAGAUACAUUCCAGCAUCACCAGCAUCACCAACAACGCCCAGGGUCGAUUGACGACCACUGAGGAAGCCUUCACUUGGUCGAACAGCAAAGCAACGCGACUCACGAUCAUCAACCAUGCCUUAGUCAAGAAGAGAGAUGGAUACUGAGCAAGCAUCUUUUCUCACCAAACAAAACUAAAGGGCCCAUCAGGGGCCAAAGCGAUCCAAGACAGCCAAGCAUAAAUUCCAUUCGAUACCAUGACAACCUUCCGACUAAGCUGGCGGCUGGUUUAAAGCGACGACCGCUCGGUGAACCACAUCGGUUACCGCAAUCGCAUUCUGCUCGUCAACACCCCCACCCCCGGGGGCGGAAAAGCGCGGUCCCCAAAUACGACGCAUACGAUCAACCCCUUUCGCCCCUUCGCGUGAUCGUUCCACCACAAACGCCAGACACAUACACAUACAACGAGACACGACGAUGCGAUGGGGUGGCUUGUGAAGAUCAUCGUCGGCAGCCGCGCACGCUUGAAGGCCAUUACGACGUGACGUCACACAACUCUCGAACUGCUCGCGCUCUCAGUGGGUUAGUGUAGUGUGGCCGCGGUGGGUCGCAGUUUGAGAAAUCAGCUCCGAUCGUGAUCUUGGGCACAUUCGACAGUAGUGGCCGUGCAUUGUGGAUGGUAUAGGAUGUGUUAUUAGUUGCUGCUUCUCAUGAAAAGCAGCUGGGAAAAGACGGAAAACCGAAAUCGAUAGUGAUACCAGCGAUUGAGCAGUCCGAUCAAAUCAAAAACGAGAAAUGGGGGUCGAAUGUGACAUUCGCUUCACCAACAGCACGCACGGAACGUUUCUCAGCGGACAGCGCCUGACCGGGAGUGUGGUGCUGAAGCUAACCGAUACGAAAAAGUACAAUGAGAUUACACUACGGAUUGUCGGCUGUAGUGCUGUCCAGUGGUCCCAACGGCGUGGCCAAGGACGGCGGCGGCGGACGGUGUACUACACUGGCAAACGGGAUCACUUAUCAUCGGUGAAAGUGCUGGUGGCCUCACAGCCGAAUGGUUCACCAGCGGAGCUACUGGCCGGGGAACACAUUUACGAGUUCGCCUGUGACCUUCCGGCCAAUCUGCCGACCUCCUUCGAAGGUUCGUACGGUCAGUGCCGCUACACGGCCCAGGUCAUCAUGGAUCGGCCCUGGAAGUUCAAUCUCACGUACAAGGUGGGCUUCACCGUGAUUCAGCCGCUCGAUCUGAACGUGUUCUCACCGUCGAUCCGUGUGCCGGCCCGUAUGGAAGAUGCGCGCGUGUUUUGCUGUGGUUUCUGGCAAACCAAACCACUGUAUGUGCAGGUAACUGCACCGUGUACCGGCUACGUACCCGGUCAGGCCAUACCGCUCACGAUCGAACUCGAUAAUCGAUCGAGCCGCACGAUCGAGGGCGUUAACAUGAAGCUGCUACAGGAGGUCAACUAUCGGAGCGAAGCACCACGGAUCAAAACCAAACAUGAGCUGCACACGGUCGUGAAGCACAUAGGGGACGGUGUGGGCCCGGAAACGAAACGAAAGUACGAACAGCGACUUGUCGUUCCUACGGUCGCACCGUCGACCUUGACGUUGGGGGAAUCAAAUCUCAUAACCGUGUCCUACCGGCUGCACAUCACGGUGCGUGUGUCGGGUUGUGGUUCCGAUCCGGUGCUAGAGAUUCCGCUCACCAUCGGCACUAUUCCGUUGGUCUUCUAUCAGCCGGCCACCGCGCCACCCAGCACACCUGGUCCAUCGUCGUCGUCGUCGCCUCCCACGAUCGGGUUCGUCUUUGGUUCCGGCGGUACGGGCCAGUUGCCUAGCGCACCGAACGAAAAGACCGAGCUCGUCCGUGAAGGGACACUGCCACCGGAUUAUUUGCCUCCACCAACGUAUGAGGAAGCGAUGAAUGCGGCGACCGUGGUUAUCACCGAUGAGAGUGAUACGAACGCGCUCGGCACUAGACCUUAUGUGCCUCUCUAUCCGUCCUACAACCUGGCCGAUGUACAGUGGCCUCCGCUACCUCCCAAACCGUGAUCCCUUUACUGGUGAAUCUCCUCCUACUUUUACCUCUCUCUAACGCAGUGCAUUUAAUGCUGUAACAGUUUUCAUUCUUUCCUUCUAUUAGAACAGUUGCGAAGGAGCGCAACUGUUCCAAGUGUAUUGUAACUAACUUGAAACAUUACCAACUAUCAGUGCCUGUAUACUUUACACUGCUGUUGUCUUUUUAUGGGAAUAAUGAAGGAUUCAUUUUAUUUUUACUGGAA